GCGAUCUAUUUUCAGAUGAUGUAAGGGCUUCAGCGUCUGUCUUUGAUCUUCGAUGGAGCCAAAAAAGCUUUAUAUCGCUCGCUCGUACGCUGAGCUGCGCGAACGCUAUGCGAAAGAAAUGGAAUUCGAGAAGAAAAAUACAUUUGCGAACUACAUACAAAGUGCUGCCCGAGCCUACGAUGCUUUUCUGGAUGCCAAGAAAAACGGGGACGAAGAAAGGUCUUACUGCUUGGCUAUGCGAUACUGCAACAUAUAUUCGAUGCUUAGGAAACAGUUCCCAGAUAAACGCAGUGAUUUAAAAAUUGAAAUGCCCCAUCUAGAAAACGCAUUAGUAUCGGGAGAAGAACUAGCAAGCCAAUUAAAGAAAAGAUAUGAAAAAUUAUCACAAUCGAAAAAUGAUCCUGGUACCCAAAAAUCAGGAGAAACUGACGCAACACAACGACCGGAAAUUAACAACAACAGAAAAAGUUCAAAAGGAGACAAGAAACCGAGAUCGCAGAGUAAUUCAAUUGUGGAAUCUGAAAAGGAGACAAUAAGUGUAAAUGAGUUUUAUCAACUUGUCAAGUCAAGAAACGAUGAUAUUUUACUAUUCGAUCUGAGAGAGGAAACUGACUUUUCUACUUCCCGAAUUAAAAUAAACUACCAGAUUAAUAUUCCUGAGUCUUAUUUGAAAGAAAAAGAGGCUGUCACGUCUAAAGACAUAGAGCUUUGUCUCGAAGAGUAUAGUCUGAGCAUUUGGAACAAACGGAACACGUUCCAUUAUCUAAUAAUGUGCGACUGGCUUGGUUUGGAUCAGAAUUUUAUUUACGGCAAUGUUUUUUCAGUGCUCAGAGAUUGUCUGCUGAAAUGGUCACCAGAACAUCCAAUAACUGUCAGUCCUGUAAUUAUCUCUGGCGGCUUUAGAGAAGUGCUUGAUUUAUUUCCUACUUUGACAAGCAAUGCUAAAAUUGAUAAACCUCAGUAUGAGAAAAACAAGUCAAUUCUGUCCAAACUUGAUAUAUCAAAGCUGAGCGUAAAAAAUGAGCCUGAAAAACCAAUGUUACCGAAUCCUGAAAUCAUAAAAGUGCCUAACGGUGUGGUAAGUGGAAAACCAGUUGUUGACAGAUCCAAUAAACCAAAGCCGAAGACAAUCGUCUCUGAGAAGAUUCCGACUGAAAACUUCGAAAUGAAUGGCCUAGCGUCUUACCCUGACAUUCUGAGCGAGUUAUCAAAACAGGCGCCAAGUGUCAUUAGUCCAUUACCAGACGUAGCUGCUACCAACUUGAAGCAUGUCGAUUCAGUAAUUGACCCUCUCUCUGUGAAUUCGAUUUCGGAAAUAGAGAAACCUAAAAGUAAACCAGUACCAAAAGUAGACCGAUCUCUCAAACCGCGCCUUAUUGUGCCCCCAAUUGAAAAAGAUGAUCCAACGGAAAUGAAGAAGCUGAUGCUAGAACUCGAGAGAGAAAGAAAAGCAAAAGUGCUCUUAGAAGCUGAAAUUGGAAGGCUUAAAAAUGAACAUGCAAAAGAGGCAGCGAAAUCUGAAAAUGUAGCGCCUCAGGGGAAAGUUAAUGAUCUCGAGCUUUUGCGGGAGAAAAAGCCGAUUGCUAAUAAGCCGAUAGUUCCGACGGUCAAUGAAGUUGUUGAUAGAGAAAUGCAGAAAGAAGAUGGAGCUGUAAACUUAUCGCGCCAAGAGCAACAAACAAGAUUGCCCAGUGAAGAUGUUGAUCCCACGGCAACUAAAGACGAAGCUGAGAGGAGUAGACGUACUAUGGAAACACCGGAAUCAAACAACAGUAGUAGCAUGGAAGGCUCUGAAGUCAAGUCGUACGUUCAGAAUCUGCGCGAUGAUGGCUCUUCAUCUCUGUCUAAAACCUCAGGCUUGUCAUCUCUCAAAAGAACAAAUUCUUCGCCGAGUUUUGCAAAUAAUCAAAUAUCGGGCAGAGAUGGAUCAGUUAAUGCUGUGGCAGGUAAACCUUCUCCGAUGAGAGACCGGAAGCCAACUGCCGCGAUGGUUCUAGAAAUUGACAGAGCUCAUCUAAAGAAUUUCCAGCCUGAGUAUGGGAACGUGUCCAAUGGUCGCUGUGGUCUUCGCAAUCUGGGCAACACUUGCUACAUGAAUGCAUGUCUGCAGUGUCUCAGCCAUACAUAUGUGCUGCGGGAAUACAUUGUCAGGGGAAAAUUCUUCGACUACUUGAACCCGAAUAGCAAGGAAGGCAUGGGCGGCUAUAUAGUGUACGAGUUCACCCUUUUGUUGAGAGCCCUGUGGAAUUCACAGUACAGAGUGGUGAGCCCGGUUGAUCUGAAGGCGGCAAUGGGCAAGUAUAGGAAGCAGUUCAAAGGCACGGAUCAACAGGACGCACAGGAACUUCUCAUCGCUUUACUAGAUGGGCUGCACGAGGAAGUGAACAUGGCAGGCGAGAAGCGAGUUCGCUCCAUUACAGACAGCGAAAUGGCCAACAAGUCAGACUCGGAACUGGCAAAAAUCUACUGGGAUAACUACUCUCUGAACAACCGGUCUAUCAUAGUCGACAUUUUCCAAGGCCAAUACAGAAGUGUUGUCCAAUGCACAGCUUGUUCUAAAAAGUCAACUACUUUCGACGCUUUCAUGUACCUGUCGUUGCCUAUUCCGAGAACAGGAUCUAAGGCGACGCUCUUUGAUUGUUUUGAGCUGUACUGCCAACCGGAAUACAUCGAAUGGAGCUGUCCUAAUUGUAAAGUGUUGAGAAAAGCGACGAAGAAGUUAGACGUAUGGCGGUGGCCUAAAUAUUUGAUUAUUCACUUGAAGAGGUUUGAGUUUCUGAAUGGAUACAAUCGCGUGAAGAUUCAGUCUAAAGUUGAAUUUCCGAUGACGUUGACCUCAGAUCCAUCUUGGAAGAGUAAACUGGCGUCGGACAACUUCAGCUUGUAUGGAGUAGUGCAGCACUCUGGGACCAUAGACAGAGGACACUACACUGCCAAUGUGUACAUUGAGAGACAAAACCGACAGUGGUUCAAGUUCGAUGACUCAACAGUCUCUUCAAUCUCGCAGAGUGCGGUGGUGUCUGAGAAUGCAUACAUAUUAUUCUACACCUCUUUAUCGUAAGAGCGAAAUCAACCUGUCCUCGACUUGCUCAAAGGAGAUGUGUCCAAUAUAGAACCUCUACAUGUCAUCUACGAUCAGCUGUUUUUGCCUUGUUCUCUCUCGCCUCUGGAAAUGAUGAAAAAAUAGACGUUUACCUGACGAAAUCUGAGACUCGUCAAUAUAAAAUCUUAACUAUUGAUUAUUUUCUGGGCCAUUGGAUGAAAAUUAUACCCUCAUACGGAACUAUGGUAGAAAACAGUUGAGCUGCAUUUUUCUUUCGAAACUAUCAGAUACGUACAGUAAACGAACGUAACAAUAAAGAGGAGAGUUAUAUUUUCAGUGUUACGGCACCUGUCUCUGCGAUAAUACAAGUAGUGUUAGAAUUUAAAACUUUAGUUGUACAAUCAGUAAUUUAUUUUUCCUAAAUAAGUAUAUAUUGCUACUGUUUUCAUUGUUGAAUU